AUCUUAACUAUGUACAUGUAAGAUACUAUGCUGUCCUUACCUCCCAUAUUAACAUCCAUGGGGAUGUUCAUAAUUGAUGAGAAUUUAUAUCCUGAAUCUUGGAAUAGACCUUCUGAACAUGAUAUUCUUGGAGGUGGAGGACCUUAUGCAAUAGUUGGAGGUAGAAUAGUUGCAGGACAUAAAGAAGGUAAGAGAAUUACUGGAAUUAUAGAUAAGGGGAAUGAUUUUCCUAAUAGUGUAGCUUUACAAUUGAAUUCUUGGGAUACUGGAAUUAUAUAUAGACAAGAUAAUAAUCGAUUUACAACAAGAGGACAAAAUAUAUAUGAUGAAAAUGAUAUUAGACAUUUUAAAUAUACCACUACUAAGAAGAGAAUUGAAGUUGAAGAUAUAUUAAAUAAUGAAAUAUUAAAACAAUCAAGAUGUUUCCAUCUUAUAUGCUCCAUUGAGAGAUGUGGAAACAUAAUUGAUGAAUUAAAUUCAAAAUUGUCUCAUAAACCUAUAUAUAUUUAUGAACCAUUACCUGAUGAUUGUAAACAUGAAAACUUAUCAGCAUUAGAGAAAUUAUUACCAAAGAUAAAUAUAUUUACUCCUAAUUUAGAUGAAGCUUGUGAAUUCCUAGGAACUCCAAAGCAAGAAUCAAUCAAUAGUUGGAAACUUAUUACCAAUCACUUUAAUAAAUAUCUCAAGUUAAUCAAUUCAGGUACAGUAUUAAGAUGUGGACCUUUAGGUUGUUAUAUACAAACAUUAACCAAUCAACUGUAUCAUCUUCCUGCUUAUCAUUUAGAUCAAAAUAAAGUUAUUGAUGUUACUGGAGGUGGGAAUUCAUUUUGUGGAGCCUUUGUUACGGCAUUUUAUUUAUCAAAUGGUAAUUGGCUUUUAUCAGGAAUUUUAGGUAAUUUAGCUAGUGGUUGUAUUAUUGAAAAAUUAGGACCUCCUAUAAGAAAUGCUUCUACUGAAGAAUGGAAUGGUCUUAGUAUACAGACAAGAUUUAAUAAUUACAUACUACAAAACCAACAGUUAGUUGGUAAUUUAGAUAAUUCAAUCCUAACAUGGAUAUAG